GAUAUUUGUAUUGUUCUUUGAAAUUUGUUUACUUUAAUUAAUUGUUUCACUGAAAAAUAAAACGUUACUUAAUAAAUAAUUAUUUAAUCAAUAAUUUGAUAAAAUUUCUGUAGCAAUAUAAUUUAAACAUUUAUUAUUUAUGAUAAACAAAAAAUCCAUCAUACUUAAAAAAGUUAUUCAAAUAGCUAAACAAUUAAAUUAUAAGUUUUGGUCGGUAUAAUAGAGGUAUUUUAAAAUUAUAAUUUUAUUUCGAAUCGAAAUUCCAAAAGUCGACACAACUAUGGCCUAUAUGGAUUUGCAACUUAACGUUCUUAAAUGGUGUGGCAUGUUACAUCUUACGAAUUGUUCAUCUAAGUUGGCUUUGAAAAUGUUUAAUAUAUAUCGUAUAACAAUUUUUUUCCUCGUAAGCAUUUCAGUUAUCACUUUGACAACACAAUUAACAGUGACUUCCAGUAUGUUAAUGUUGGCAAAAACUAUUGAUAUGUGGACAAUGGCUAUUUCAGGAAUGUAUAAAUGGUUCUGUAUGAUUAAAUUCAGUAAUGAUUUUAUUGCUUUUGAUACAUCUCUAGUUCAAAUACAAACAAAUGCUGUGUUAAUUUAUGGCUCUAAAGCUAACAAAUUUACCAAAAAUCACUUACGUUAUACAAAGAAAAUUACAGUUUUUUAUUUGUUAAGUGGUUUUAUAGGUGUCAUAUGCAUUAUAUUAAUGCCUUUAUUUGCUUAUUUCAAUAGUAAUCAACGGAAGCUCAGUUUUUUCAAUGAUCCGCAUAAUUACCCUAUAAGUUGCUGGAUACCAUUUACCAUAAGAAAUUAUUGGGAGGUCGCUGGCAUAUACACUAUACAAUUUAUAACGUCUUUAAUAGUAACAAACACUUACUUAGGUAUAGAUGCAUUUAUGUUUGGUACUAUUUACGCAAUCGGAGGUCAAAUUGAUUUACUUAACUCAGUACUAAAUAAUUUUUCUGAAAACAACACACCAAGUCAAAACAUGCUACCUAUUUCACUCAAGAAUGAGAAUAUAAUACACCAAGACAAAUUGUAUUCAAAAAUGGUUUUAUGUGUAAAACAUCAUAUAUUGAUAUUAAAGUACAUAAGAAAAAUAAAAAAUAUGUAUAGUUCACUCAUAUUAGUUGAUUACUUGCAUGGAAUAAUUUCAAUAACGUUCGCAAUAUUUCAAAUAACAAUUAGUGAAAAUUUUGGUGAAAAAAUGGGAAUAAGUAUUUUUGUUGUUGUAAGUCUGUAUCACCAGUUUCUUAACAACGUUUUCGGUGAAUAUUUAGUUCAUAAGCAAUCAAAUGUAAGGGAAGCAUUAUACAAUGUACCAUGGUUUCAAUCUGACAAAAAAUUUCGUAACAUUACUACAUUUAUGUUAUCAAGAACAAAUAUGCAGAUCAUGAUCACUGGAUUUUACAUGUAUAAGCUGUGUAUAAAUUCUUUCAUUAAAUUUGUUAAAGCGCUUUAUACAUAUUACAUGGUUUUAAGACAUAUGAAUCAAACAAAACUAGUCAUCAGUUGAAUGUAUUGCCGGUUUUAUGUUUAUCGAUGAUCAUGUGCACUUAUUAUGAAUCACUAGCAACUUGAUUAGAAAUUAAUAACAUAAAAAAACUAAUUAAUUCGUAAAAAUUUAAUUUGUAAACCUUUAUUAUAAUAUUUAACAUUUGUAGUUUAUAAUUUUGGAUACAUAUAAAAAUGAAAAAUUGUA